GUAUACUCCUAUAAAGGAAUGAGUGAUUGAGUGUAUUAGUAAGUAAGCAGGUAAGUAGGUUGGCACUGCCUUCUGCGGCUCUGCUACACCCACUCGACACCUGUGCGGCAACUCCAUGCCGCCAGCGGAGAGACACGACCCUGUGGCCGCCCCGCACAAGCCUACGUAUGCAACGGCGGUAAGGGGAUCCCAUCCCCGGCCAAGCCAACCUGGGAUUCUCAGCCAAAUCAACAGGAACCUUCAACGGAUUCCCGACAAUCACUUUCUCUGAAGAUAAUAUACAUGGUUUUUCAAAACAUUUCCGAUUCUCCCUUGUUGGUACUUUUCCCUCUGGACGUCCCCCUCUUCCAGCGAUUUGCAAGGCAUUCGCAGCGUUAGGGUUCUCCCAAUCCUACUCUGUCGGUCUCCUACACUCGAAUAUCAAUUUGAUUAAUUUUAAAUCUAAUAUCGAUUUUCACAGAUUUUGGGGAAAAUAUUCCUGGGACUUUUUUAAAUCUUGUUCAAUGUUACCCGAUAGACACCCUCCUUCUCCAAAGACUAAGACUCUCCCUUUGCACUUGUCUGGGUUGCCCUAGAAGGGCUUCCAAUUCACCUUCAUGAUCUAUUGCUACCCUCCUGGAAAACCAAUUAGAAUAGACACCCCCACGACUAACUUCUCAAGACCCUCUACUGCUAGGAUAUGCAUAGAAAUUUAUAUUUCAAAAGACCCCCCCCCCCCUCCCCCCCCAAUUUGGAUUGGAAAUGGAGCAAAUGGUUUCUAUCAAACCAUUCAGUAUGAUAAGAUACCUAAAUUCUGCCAUUCUUGCUCCCAGAUUGGCCACUCACUCACAGAAUGUCCCCGGACAAUUCAAACCUUGGCCCCUAAGGCAGUUUUAGUCACUGAUGAUGCUCCAGUUUAUGUUUCUACUACUAAGCCCAUUAUUGACCAUAUUGUUAGUGGAGCAUGUGAUGAAACACUUGUUACCCCCGAUACUGAUUUUGUUGGUCGAGUUGAUAAGAUUAACAACUCUGGUUUGGUUGUUACCAAUUAUGCUUCUGCCUUUGCUGAGGACAAUUCUACCUCAGUUGUUUGUGUUGCUACUGAUGAUGUUUCAAAUGAUGCUUCCCCUAUUACUGAUUUACUGCUGAUGAAAUAAUUGGUGCCCCCUUGGUUUGUACCCCCUUGGUAAUCUGUAUUGAAAAUACAGAACUCCCAGGUGCAACUCAUGAUGCUUUUUCCAGAAAUGCUAGUAAUAUUGAUACCUCUGUUGAUGCCGAAUUAGGCUCUGUUUGCAACCACUUGUGCUUAAAGAAAAGCACUUUUUGAGAAAAAGUUGUUAGUAGUAAAAGUUGGUAGUAUUUGGUAAAAUAAGUGCUUUUUGUGUAAUUGAAAAAGUAAAAAGUAGAUUCUACACGAAAACCGAGGAAGUAAAAGUUGAUAGUGUUUGGUAAAAUAAGUACUUUUUUCUUAAAGAAAAGCCAUAAUCACUUUUUUUAAUUGAUUGCAAACAAGCCCUUAUUCCCCCUCUGAUGCUAAUGAUACUGUUGCGUUUGCAUCCCCGGUUGCCCCUGUUGAUGCCCCAAUUAGUGCCCCUCUUGAUAUUGUUGCCUCUGCAACCUCUUAUGUUGCUUAUGAUACUCUGCCCCCUAUGUUGGUAAUGAUAUUGCUGUGUUUGCAGCCCCCUAUGUUGCUUCUGAUACAGAUUAUGCUAAAGAUUUGGCUUCGAUGAUUGCUGUUACUGAUGAAAACCCGAAAAACUCUGGUUCUGAUGUUAUUGUAGUUCAAUUGGGCUUGGGGUACACCAUUUGGUACACACACCUACACACUAUAAAUAGGCCCAAAAAUUACAUUUUUUUUACCCCCUCCCCCACGUGCGAUUUCUUUCCCUCCCCUCCCCUCUAUUCCCGCAGCUCCUUCCAUCCCUCCCCUGUUCGACGUUUUUAAUUUCCCUCAGCAGAACAAACCUUACAAAAAUGGAAUUUCCUGGCUUUGUGAAUGAAACUAUCAUUGAUACUACGGUGGACGAUUUUUGGGCUGAUUGGGCUGAAGCAAACGGUGGUUGUCGACGUGAGGAUGAAGGUGAGCGAGAACCGGCGGCGGCCAUGGCUGAACGUGAUGGACAACCAGAUUCGGCGGCUGAACUUGACGGAGAACCGGCCAUGGACGACGUCCCUGAGCUUGGUAUGAGUUUGUGGUGUUGGUUUCAUUGGCUUUGAACUUAAAUAUAUGUUUGUUCUUCACAGACAAUUAUUUGUGUUUGUGUAGUGUAUAUAAAUUGUCUGUUAGUAAAUAUACUUAUGUCUGUGCGUAAAGUGUAUAAAUUCUGUGUUCAAAAUAAUAUAAGUUUCAUUAUGUCUGUGUACAUUGAGUUUAAAUGUCUGUGUACAUAUAUACUUUUGUCUGUGAGUAAACAUACUUAUGUCUGUGCGGAAAUAUACCACUGCGUAAGUACAUUUCUGUUUGUAAUGUCUGUGUAUCAAUAUUCCUUUGUUUGUGUGUGUAUAUGCUUCUGUCUGUGCAUUAAUAUACCUCUGCCUGUGUGCUUAAAUAUACUUACCUCAUUGCAUGUUGACAUGGACACAUUGUUUAAUCGUUGAAUUACGUGAAUGUCGAUCAGAUGGAGCAAUUAAGCAAAAUGAGAGUGAUGAUGGUUCUAUACAAGCUCCGGAUGUCGGUAUGCAAUUUGAUAGCAAAGAAGCGGUGUAUGAUUUCUACAAGGCAUAUGGGAAGCGUUUAGGAUUUCCCGUUCGAACUAGGAGUACCACGAAACACAAAAAUGGAGUAGAUAUGGUUGGAGUAUUACUAGAGUGCUCUCAUGCCGGUAGCAGAUCUACUAGGUCAAAAAAUCAAUUGAAGCCUCAACCUUCAAUGCAAAUGGGAUGUGGAGCAAAAAUACGAGCACGCACAAAUUAUGAGGGACUUUGGGAAAUUUCAAAAAUCUGUCUUGAGCAUAACCAUCCCAUGAGUCCAACUAAGGCUCGCCUAUUCCGGUGCUAUCGGACUUUGACUCCCCAAGCAAUGAGGCAAGUUGCAAUCAACGAUGUGGCCGGAAUACGACUUCAUAAAACUUUCAAUGCAGCCGUUGUUGAAGCCGGUGGGUAUGACCAACUUCCUUUUAUUGAAAAAGAUUGUAGGAACUACAUUGAAAAGGUAAGACAACUUAGGUUAGGGAGUGGUGAUGCCAUGGCACUUCAAGAGUUUUUUUCUAAAAUGCAAGCUCAAAGCCCCGGAUUUUUCUAUGUCCUUGACUUAGAUGACGAGUCCCGAUUGCGUAAUGUGUUUUGGGCCGACAGUCGAUGUAGAUAUGCAUACAAGGACUUUGGAGAUGUGAUCACCUUUGACACAACCUACCUCACGAAUCGGUAUGACAUGCCUUUUGCACCAUUUGUAGGUGUAAAUCACCACGGACAAUCAAGUUUGCUAGGUUGCGGAUUAAUCUCUAAUGAAGAUACGCAAACAUUCGUAUGGCUAUUCACCGCAUGGCUUGAGUGUAUGGAAGGCCGUGCUCCGAUGGGCAUUAUUACGGAUCAAGACCGUGCAAUGCAAAACGCCAUCCAAAUUGUUUUUCCAAAUACAAGACACCGAUGGUGCCUAUGGCAUAUUAUGAAAAAGGUACCGGAAAAAAUGGGAGGCAUUACAGAAAAAAAAGAAAUCUUGGAUGCUAUUCAUGAAUCCAUUUAUGACUCACAAUAUAUUCCACAAUUUGAGCAAAGUUGGAAUGACAUGAUACAAAGGUAUUCCCUGCAAGAUCAUGAAUGGCUUGUAGUCAUGUACAAUGAAAGACACCGGUGGGUUCCAUGCUUCUUAAAGACAUUUUUCUGGGCGGGUAUGUCUACCACUCAACGAAGUGAAAGUAUCAAUGCUUUUUUCGAUGACUUUGUGCAUUCCAAAACUAGUCUUAAGGAAUUCGUUGAGCAAUACGGACGUGCAUUACGAAAAAAGGUAGAAAAAGAAUUUCACGCCGAUGCGAGUUCGUUUGCAAAAACAAUUCCUUGUGUUUCAUCAUAUGAAAUGGAAGAACAAGUCCAAGAAAUUUACACCCUAGCUAAGUUCAAGGAGUUUCAAGAUGAACUUGUAGGUCUUUUGUAUUGUGAUCUAAUACAAAGCGAUGGAGAUAGAAAAUUUCAUGUUAAGGAGGUCCGAAAGAUAAAUGGGUUUCGAAAAACCAUUGACUUUGUUGUUGAAUAUGACCCGUUAACUACGUUUGGAAUAUGUAGUUGUCAUUUAUUUGAAUUUAGGGGUAUUGCAUGUAGACACUUGAUUGUGGUCUUACGUCGGCUUGGAUUGGAUUUCUUACCCGAGAUUUACCUAUUGCAAAGAUGGAGGAAAGAUGUUAAAAGAGCUUACACAAAGGUGAAAAUAAAUUAUGAUGGGUGGAUCACAACGGUGGAACAACAACGAUUUAAUAAGUUGUGCACGACUUUUGAAUCACUUGCAAAUAUGAUUGCGGAUGAUGAAGAGAAGUACCAAAGUGUUCUUAAUUGGUUGGAGACUCAAUUAUCGACAUAUACUCCUCCCCAAGCUCCUCGGUCUUCCAUAUGUGGCAACCUAACAUCUAUCCCACAACCGAGUAGUCAUGUGCAAUGUGAGGUUUCAAAAAACAUAGGAGAUCCUAAGUGUGUAAAGCGCAAGGGUGCUCCGAGGAAAAACCGUCAAAAAGGACCAUUGGAGAAGGGGAAAAAGAAAUCGGGGGCUAGGAACGACAUUGGGAUUGCCCCACAAGGUAUCGCUGACCAUGGCAAGGCACGGGAAGAUCGUAAUGACAUGAUGAACUACAGUGGUUUAGAUUUAAAUCUUACCUUGAUGUAAAUGUGCAUGCCUGAUUGUUCACAGACAUUUAUGUAAUACGCCACAAACAUACAUCUUGGUCUUCACAAACAAAAUACGUGUUUGUGUGCAAUUUUUUUUGUGUUUCAGAAAUGUUUUUUUGUAAUGUCUGUUUUUGUAUAGUUUUUCAAAUAAAAGUAAUUACAUUACAGAAAGUAGUGAAAUGUUAGCAAUUUAUUUUUAAAUUUAAUAAAUUAGUGGAAUAUUAA